AAUUGAGAUGCAUUAAACUGAUAAUUUCUUAUUUUCAAGAUUACCAGUUGAGCACUCUGGUUUGUUUAACCUAAUUUUUAAUCACUGUAAAAAAUCUGGUAAUAUGAAGAUAGUUUUCUUACAUGACUUUCUUCAAAUUCAUCCACAGGAUUGAAAUUAAAUGGUGUCAAAGAUUAAGUUAUGGGAGUUGAAACUGAGAUACAUUUAUUAAACCUAAAAAAGUUGUUUAAAGGCACAAUGUGUAUUUUUGUCACCGCUAGGGGUCGCUAAACUCUUCAAAACAAUAACAAAGGCGUAGAUUGAUGACGCAUUGAAUGAGUGUGGAAUCAUGUCGUCAUGCUGAUUGAUCUAAUAAUGUUUAUGGAUGAGUGAAUGCAUGUUUUUUAACAUGUGGUGUGAAGCAGGGCGUGGCUGAGACCAAAUAGAAGGGGGCAAAAAGGUUGGUUUAGUAAUUUUGUAGUUACAGUGACUGCCUGUAGUGAUUACCUCACUAUGGCAGAAUGGUGUACAGUUACAUAUACAAUUUUGAAAUGAGAAGUUAGCUGCUGUUGCCUGGCAUUUUGUAAAAUAAAAAGCCUGCUUAGUGUACUGAAUGUAUGAGAAAGACAUGGAAAAAACAUAUCCUCAUGUACCAACAAGUUAUAGUGCCUUCUGGAUUUUAUUGUUGAUUCACACACUGCAUUGUUCCCAUAUUCACUAGAAACAAUCAUACAAAUUGCUGAUCAUAUUUAUCCAGUGAAAGACCGGUCCAUUUCACAAAAUGCUGAUGUUGCACUUCUUUUGAAAGAGGUUUAUGGUACGCUUUAUAUUUAGACUCUUCUGGAUAUGAACCAAAGACAUUUUGUAAACUGAAUAAUUAUUCUGGCACCACUAGGUUAUAUACAUAAUGAAAUCAUAGCAAUGAAAUAAAGAAGGCUGUCGAGAUGCCAACUUUUCAAAUAUUUAUAACACUGACAAGCAUAUGUAAGAACCAAAAGUACUUAUCCAUAACUUUAAUCAUUUAUUUGUAUAGACCACGUACCUUCACAAUAUGACAAAUUACAACCCACUGAAGCUAAGCAUGGUUGAGCCUGGUCGAGUACCUGGAUGGGAGGCUGCUGGAAGAGGUGUUAGUGAGGCCAGCAGGGGGUGCUCAUCCUGUGGUCUCUAGCUUUGAUGAACAUGAACGUAGCUUUCAUGGUGAAACACUGAGGUAAUCUUACCGCUUUCCCCCCCAAAAGAUAUUCAACAAAAAAUACACAAAAUUGGUAUUAAAUCAUAUAAGAACGGUGGACAUUUCAAUGAUAUAUUGACCAUAGCACUAGAAAAUCCUGUUUUCAUUUAAAAAAAAAACCCCGAACAUUUAAACAUGUAAGGCUGAAUCACAAAAAAAGCAUCUUAUGUAUUUAAAUGAAUGUAUUUAGAAUUUGAUAUAUUUAGCAUUUUUUUUAAAUGGGGAACAGUGAUAUACCUUAAAAUUUGAAGCCAAAGCAUAUUUUAUAUAAUAAAUAUAUAUAAAAAACCGCACUAAGCAAAAUGGGCAAAGCAUAGGCCUUUCUAAUCUUUUAUUUUAAGUAUAUUUAUCAAAAUUUUCGUUUUGAAACAUUUAGAAAAUAAAUAAUCAGGUGGAAUCGUGACAGACCUCUGAUUUUAAUAAAAAAAAAAAAAAUCAGCAAAAACGUUAUUUGAACAUAUUUUUAUUUAUUUUUCCACAUACAUGCUUUGAAAAAUUUGUAUAUUUUAAAAUCAAAUUAUAUAAAUAUUGUAUGAAAUAUAUAGCCUAUUGCAAUAAAACAAUAAUAAAACAGUAGUUUAUUGCAUUAUCAAUGCAUUAUUAGCCAAUAUCAGAACAAGCAUGUCUUGAGUAAGCUUUAUUACAUCAUAGACGUGUGUGCACCUUUAGAACGUUGCGCGCGAGACAGAUGCGUGAAUCUACUCUCUCAUUGCUCAUUCUGCAGCUCAUGAAUUCCGAUAGUGUAAUGCAAGCGCACAUCGUGAUUAUGGGACAGAAGAGAAAAAGAAGUUGUUCUCGCAGCGCAGAGAAUGAUUACGAUCUGAUGUACAACUUAGAUCAAAAUACACUUCCAACAUCCAGCACUAAUGUGGCGGUGAACCAUCUCCAGCCCGUUGGUGCUGGUGAGGGAAGGAGGAGAAUGGAGUCGCCCUCUCGUCAAUUUUCUGACUCCUCAGGUCAGAAAGUAAAAGUGGAGGACCAGGGUACUGCGCCGGCAUGGCAGAGAAGUACUGAAGGUGAAUCUCGUGUGAUGUGGUUUUUGUUUACUGGAGCUCUGUACAUCAAAAAGUCUCGUCUUCAUAUUCAGCUAAAUAUCCUGAAUUAAUUAAUUAAUUGUUCCUUAGGAUGAUUUUAUCGUUAACAUCUAACAUUUUCCAAACACAGAAGCACUGAAGAAUCACUAUGAGUAUGCCAUAAACAACAACAAUUAUUAUUUGACUGAAACCAGAUUUUGUUAAAUGUGGCCCUCUUUAGAUCAGGAUUCUCUACAGCACACGAGCUGUUCUGUAAAGAAACAUGGUGUUCAGGAACCUCGCAGCAGUGGCCCUGAUGUCCUCCCAGCUGAGGAUCAGCAGGUUCAGCCUCCUCCAGCUCAAGUCCCCAACAGUGACAUUUUGAGCCGCUAUGAAAUCGGCAAUAAGCUUGGUGAGGGAGGAUAUGGGGCCGUCUUCGAAGGGAUUCGCUUGAAGGAUGGCCUUAAGGUGGCACUGAAAUUUGCCUUGAAGACAGAUACCACGGAAUAUAUCAGCAUUCCUGGUCAUCCUACGCCCCUUCCCUUAGAGGUUGCCCUAACAAUGCUUGCUAACAAGGGCCCUAGCGUUCCACAGAUAGUUCAGCUGCUGGAGUGGCAGGACCAGCUCGGCUUCUACAUCAUGGUCUUGGAACGCCCCUCACCCUGCGAGGAUCUGUUUGAUUUCCUGCAGCACCACGGAGGCAUCCUCAGUGAGAACUUAGCACGACUUAUCAUGUGGCAGGUAGUGCAGGCCGCUCACAUGUGCUGUCGCCGCGGAGUGCUCCACCGGGAUAUCAAACUAGAGAACCUGCUGGUCAACAAGGACACGCUUGAAGUCAAACUUACUGACUUCGGGUGCGGGGACCUCCUAAAAACUUCUGCCUAUAAGACAUUCUGGGGCACACAAAUGUACUGCCCUCCUGAGUUUGACAAGAGUGGCAAGUACCAUGGGAAACCCGCAACUGUAUGGUCGUUGGGAGUGCUCAUGUUCGAGUUGUUGUGCGGAGACCCUCCAGACAGAAACGACCUGGACAUGAUUGACGCGGGCAUCUGGUCUAAACCUGGAUUGUCAAAAGAAUGCUGCCGUUUGAUUCAUUCUUGCCUGCAGCAGAAGCCAAAGAAGCGGCUUGGUUUGGGGAAAAUCAUUCUUCAUAACUGGUUUGAGGCCACCAAAUAAGACACUACGGAGAGGGGAAAUGAAUUCUAAAUUUCAUUUGCACUAUUUACCACAUCAGUUCAAGAGCUUCUCAGUCAGCUUAGUGUCUGGCGGGCUGACAUGAGUGAACUCUCCAUCCCUUCUCGCCUUAGUGUUUUGCGAGGCUGGCAAGGUUCCUGCCACGGUCAACCAGAGGUUUAUGUCUCUGACUUGUGGCUGACGUGGGCCUCUGGUCUAAACAUGGCUUGUUAAAAGAAUGCUGCCAUUUGAUUCAAUCUUGCCUGCAGCAGAAGCCAAAGUAGCGGCUUGGUUUGGGGAAAAUCAUUCUCCAUGACUGCUUUGAGGCACAGAACUGUACUGCCCUCCUGAUGUUGAAACAAGUAGCAAGUACCGUAGGAAACCUGCAAGUAUGGUCGCUGGUUUGAAUUGCUGUGCAGAGACCCUCCAAGACAGCAACGAUGGACGUGAUGGGCCUCUGGGACCGGAUUCACAAAACAUUCUUAAGAAUAAAAUUCUUCUUAAUUUCCAA